AUGGGCUGUUUGCAGUCCACAUUGGCCACCGAACCUGUCGAUGUGGACGCCUCGCACUUGAACACAAACCCGGUGCUCGAGGACUUUCCAAAGACGGUCGAGCCCGUUGAAGUGAUGGCGGCGCACGACAGCGUGCCGUCGCCAGGGCUGGUCGACGCGCCAGGACCGGUCGAAGACGUUGCAUCUGUCGGUACGCACCACGACGCGAUCGAAGCACCACAAGCAAAGGCAUUUGAGAUCUUGGACGAUGUUGUUCACAUUCAGGGUGUGGUGCAUUACACAGUCCAACGCCACGACGGCGCCAAGGUCCAGAAACGGUACAACGAGUUCAAGCAACUGCACGACACGUUGUGCCAAACGCGUGGGUGCGAGGGAAUGCCCCAAGCGGGCGUGUGGACCGCGCUGCAGCGCACCAACCCAGCGCUCGUGGCAGAUCGCCGCGCCAAGUUUGAACUGCUCCUCAACAAGUGGGCGGCGGACGACGCAAACAAUGCCGUCCUCGCCGCGUUCAUGGCCGAGUCGUAA